UUAGAGAGUUAGAAAAACAUUUUUGGAUCAAAAAAUUCGUCAUUAGCUAAAGUAUAUUGGGCAUUAUUCAUAUCUCAAAAAAUCUCACUUUCAUUUUUCCACCUAAUGUCCACGUGAUUGCCUACUGUGCGCCAGUGGCUCGUUCUUUUUUUGGUCCUCAUUCGGAGUAUGUUAGCGAAUUGCAUAAAUAUGAAAAUGAAUUGAAUGCUGAAAUAGAAGAACUUUUGAGUAAUAAUGAAAUUGAAGAAACAAUUGUAAACGGUGAAAAAAGGUAUAUAUUGAAGACGUUAACCUCGGUUCUCAACGUAGCAGCACCAGCUAUGUCAUCACCGUCGAUUUGUAACAGUGAUAUCAAUCAUGACCCAACAUGAACCGGUAAAUCGGAUUUACUUCACAAAUAUUUACAUUUAACCACAUCAUCAUUAGCUGAGAAUGGUCUGACAACCUUGAGCAGGCGGAUGUUGUAAGAGUUCCAGGAUAGAGUGAUAGGGGGCUUGAAGUUUAUAAAUAAAAGUUUUAUUGGUUUUUACUGGUUUUAUCCCACAAUUAUUCUAACAAUAGGCAGUUGUAUUCUGGCGAUUAACCAUUUAAGUGUUUAAUUUUCAAAAACUCCGUAUUUCUCAAACUAACAAAAGUCGACUUUUUCCACGAUUUCUAUUGAAAUUUUGGAUUUCUAUUGAAACCCGGGUUUUCAAAGACCCUCAUAGGCUCAAAUUGUUUGAACUCGUUCAGGAGCGUUUCUACCUAGAAUGACGCGAGAAUAAUCUUUUCUCAUACAUUCGAUCACGAGCUACCUAAAGCACUCUUUCAAAAGCUUGGGCUUUUGAAAGAAUCUCUCGGAAGCCGCAGAGGUUUUUUAUAAAACCCUCGAGUUUUCUAAAAAUAAUUAAAAAAUUUCUUAAAUUACAUAGCUGAAUAGAGCACAAAAAUCUGAGCAAUAUAUGAUAUGUUACUGAACUUUCUUGAAAAAUCUGGCUGAAGUUAUGAUAAAGGGGAUUUCCAAACCAGAAAAUCAUAGCUUUAAAACAGUGCUUCUGUAGUGCUUUAGACAGCCCACGAUCGAAUGUAUGAGAAAAGAUUAUUCUCGCGUCAUUCUAGGUAGAAACACUCGUGAAGGAGUUUAAACAAUUUGAGCCGAUUAACCAUUUAAGUGUUUAAUUUUCAAAAACUCCGUAUUUCUCAAACUUACAAAAGUCGACUUUUUCCACGAUUUCUAUUGAAAUUUUUAUGAGUAAAUUUGCUUUUCGUUAUUAAAAGUAAGUUAGUAAGUCAGAUAAAAGGUAAUUCUUCCAAGUUGUCUUUUAUGGUGUUUUAGAUCAGAUAGCAUCAUCGAAUUUCUCUGUGGCAAACGCUGUGACGACAACAUUUACAACAACAAAGAUAGACAGUGAACCAUUAUUAAAAAUAUCAGAUACAACAUCAUCGGAACUAACCGAUCAAAUCCAUUUACCUGACAAAUCUGUGGAUUCUACAGCAACAAGUGGCACAUCAGCACACCUAGAUCCAAUAAAAAUGUUAUUGUCUAUAUUGACGGCUGAUCAACAAAUAAUGGCUGAAACUUAUGUUAAAACAGGCAAACUCGAAUCAAUGAUCAAGUGUUAUUUUUAUGUUAUAGAUCCAGAAUCAUGUUUAUCUGUGGCUAAAGUUCUCCCAACAUUAACGACGAAUGUUGCUGACUCUAAUGCUACGAUAAGACUGGAUCAAGAAUUACCAUCCUUUAUGCCUGUGCUACAAUCUGAUUUACCAUUGAUGAUCAACAUCACUAGUGACGAUGUUCCAACAGGAUUAGAUCUAGCAUUAUCAUCGCUUUUGCCUACAACGCAAUCAUUAUCCACAAUUACUAUCGGCAAUAAUGGUCCUAUAGUAGGAUCAGAUGAACUGCCGUUACUGCAAUUAGUUGCUAAAGAAUUGGUUACAGAUGAAAAAAUUCGAAAAAUUGCAAGAAAUAUACUAACAUAUAAAUCAGUUUUGAUGUCAAAAACAGAUAUUGUAAAUAUACCGACACAUUCGCCGAUGAACCGUGAACAAGCCAAACAACGACUAUUGAACGAUAAUUUGAUUAAACGUAAUCUGUUUUUCUCGUCUCGUAAUAAGACCAACAAUACUUUAGUUCAACAUGAAGGAUUUAUGAAGUCUUUUCCUGCGGAUUCAUCGUUGACUGAACAGUGGGCAUUCAUGAAAAAAUUGAGUCAAUAUGAUUUAACAUGGCAACAGUAUUUAAAUUCAUUUAAUAAUGGUCAACAGAUUACAAUUGAUCCAAUCACCAACAAACCGAUAAUAACAAGUUUCAAUGUUCAUACA